AUGGUCACGGGCAAAUCGCACGCGGGCGUGGAGCCGCUGCACCCACUUCCGCCCCCGACUGCCCAGCCAGACGUCAUCGCAACCUCGCCGCCUUCAAAACGGGAUCUGGCUUCCUGGUGGAGGCAGUUCAAAAGGAACACUCGCAAGGAGGAACCGAAAGAGAAACCGCAGGGUAUCUUCGGCGUCCCGCUCAACGUCAGCAUCAAGUACGCCAAUGUCGCCAUUUCGCUGACCAACGAUAACGGAGAGAGCUUCAUCUACGGCUAUGUGCCUAUCGUGGUGGCCAAAUGUGGAGUGUUCUUGAAGGAGAAAGCGACCGAUGUUGAGGGUAUCUUCCGUCUCAGCGGGUCUGCCAAACGCAUCAAGGACCUUCAAGAGGUGUUCGACUCCCCCGAGCGAUAUGGCAAAGGACUCGACUGGACGGGAUACACAGUGCACGACGCAGCCAACGUGCUGCGACGCUACCUGAACCAACUACCAGAGCCGAUCGUCCCCUUGGACUUUUACGAACGUUUCCGCGAGCCGCUCCGCACCUACCAAAGACAAGUUCAAGAACAAAUGCAGAACAAUGCCCCUCCCAACGAGUCGGAGGCCUUUGAUCAUGCGAAGGCCGUUGCCGCGUACCAACAGCUGAUCCGCGAGUUGCCCCCUCUGAACAAGCAACUGCUACUCUACAUUCUGGAUCUUCUAGCGGUUUUCGCAUCGAAAUCGGACCAGAACCGCAUGACCUCAGCCAACCUGUCCGCUAUUUUCCAGCCCGGGCUGCUGUCGCAUCCGCAACACGACAUGUCGCCGGACGAAUACAAGCUGAGCCAGGAUGUGCUGAUCUUCUUGAUUGAGAAUCAGGACCAUUUCUUGUUCGGAAUGAACGGGACGGCUGCUGAUGAACAAACACUCAAGGAGGUCGAAGGAGGUGUGACGCGCCGGCCCACUACUCAUUCCUCCAACAUCCGACGCUCCGUCUCGAGUGCUAGUGGCGGCGGGGAGAGCUUCCGCAAGUACGAAAGCCUUCGCAGGAAUGUGUCUGUCUCGUCGCGGAAUUCGCGCAACUCAAACAACGCCAGCCCGGCGACGCCACCCUCAAUGAGCGGAGCGGGUGUGCAUCGCAGUAACACCUUGCCCUCUAAGAUGUCCCCAGCCAUUCCUCCCCAUCGCUAUGGACGGGUUGUUGAGUCGACCGGGUUGAACUCGUCGAAUCGCACCUCCGCGCAACAUUCCCGAUCGUCCAGCCGUGCGCCACCCACGGUUGAGGAGGAGGACAAAACCCCCAACCCCCAAUCUCCACCUGCAACGACAGGCACUGGCGUGGGGGUUGUCUAUGUUCACUCAUCGACCCAUGGACCAAUUCCCAGGGCGGACGUUGAAAAUGGGUCAACUCCAACCGAGAAACCCGUGCCACUAAAACCAGUCACAGAGCGACCGGUACUGCAUGAAGGCCUGCCUCCUGCUGCGCGAACGGUAUCUCCCCCGCCCGCUGUGGUGACUCCGACGCGGGAGCGCAAGCUGUCGAGUUUCUUCUCCAAAUCACCACCGCCGAGCGGAGAAGGUCGGGAACCCCGACAGCCGAAUCGGUUGAAGAAGAAACGAAUUCCCGGCAGCGCGAGCGAGAGUGCGCAGAGCUCUUCUCAUUCGCUGCAAGCCGCGACAUCCGAGCCUGGGUUGGCCGCGAUUCUGCAUGGGCCUCGGUCGACGGAUGCUGGCAAUGAGGUGGGCGGCGCAACUCCUCGUCCUCCCCAAACCACUAGUUCCGAUGAACUGAGCCCACCGCGAGAAGGUCGGCCCGAAAAGCAGGCUUCGCAGACUGAGGGCGGCCAGAUGGGCGACACCUCGCUCCGACCCUACGGAUCUCGCACCCCGUCGAUGAACUCCCGGUCGUCGUUCACGGACUACUCGGAUGUAGAUGCGGCGGAAGAGGCGUCGCGCGCAGAACGCAAGGAACAUCGCCGCAGCUGGCGAUUCCCACGGUCGUCCAAGCGCAGCAAUGAGCAGAUUGGUCUGGGCUUGGGUUCGCCCCCGCUCAUGGCGUCGACUCCGGGCGCAGACCGGAGUACUAGCUCGAUCGGCAGCUGGCACCAUGCCAGCAGGAGCUCCCCGUCAGACAUGCAGCAUUUCGCCAACGACCCAAGCUACCAACCAUUAAGUCUCGACGCCGAAGUCAGCAACCCCGGAGGCUCGCGAGAAGCGUCGUUGGCGUCGGAGCCGGAAAAGCGUAGUCUGUUUGGGAAAUUCAAAGCCAAGGUUGCUCAAGUGCGAGAUGGCGUCAAGGAAUCCACGGAGCGCGAUCGCACGCGCAGUCCUGUGAACGACGCGGAUUCGAUUAUCUCAACGCAACCGCUCUCACCUUCAGCUACGGAUGUGCGACACCGACCGGCACCGAUCGAUGCGACUAGCCAGCCUAAGGAUGCGACCGUCGGUUCUCCGGUGUCACCUCUGCCUGGCUCCGGACUCCCGCCACCGAUUCCCGAAGAGCCUCACAUGCCUGAGAGCCCAGUUAUGACGUCUGCUGUCCCUGCGCCUGCUGCUGCUGAGGCUUCCGUGGUCUCGGCCGUUUCCGAUGCCCCAGCUGCUGUUCCCACGGAGACGAGUUCCACUGAGCCCAGCACUGAGCCGAAUACUGAGCCCAGCACCGAACCUGGCACUGAGCCAAGUACGGAGCCCAGUACUGAGCCCAGUACUGAGCCUAGCCUUGCGCCUGGCACUGACUCUGUCACUGAGCCUGGCGCUGAACCUCCGGAACCUAAAGUGGCCGGCACUGCUACAGUCCCCGUUUUUCGAUUCUUUCCGCUUCCGCCUUCUCCGGGGAAUCCCCUUCUCCCGGCUUCGAUUUCCCCCGAGCUGCCUCCACCUCAUCUUGACAGCUUUGUCUUUUGUCAAUCUCUUGCGCACAAGAUGGUCUCCUCCCCUCCCUCACCUACAGCGACCGGAGCAAUGUCUGCCAUACACAGCAGCAACAGCGCCGGCGGCGGCGGCCCCCCGCCGAUCCUCAAGUCCUCACCCCCCGUUCGCAUCCUUCCCUCGCAGCUCGCGCGCAUCUAUUCCUUCGCCCACCCCGCGGCCGUUCUCUUGGGAUUCGCCGUCCGCUUCCCCCAACUCGUCAACGAUCCCGUGUCGGAGAUGUUGAACGCGCUUCCGUUCCUGGCCGCGAGUCAGGUCGUGUUUGCGAUCAUCUGUCUCCCACCGGCGGGCGGGUCGCUUGACCACACCCCGGGCAGCAGCUCCUCCGGUGCGACCCCCUCCGGAACAAGCUCCAGCUCGAGCAACAUCAUUCUCCGUCCGGGACGGCCUGCGCGUCGCAAGGGCGGUAGUGGUGGAAGCGGCGGCGCGGGCGCUGGCACCAUGCUAAUGCGGAAACUCGUCCAGCCCUCGCUCCUCGCCCUCAUUCUGACGGCUCUCCUGGCCACCCCGGUUCUGGCCAUCCUCCUCGUUCUCUUCGGCGCCCCGUUCACCACGCAUCAUGCCCAGACAGCGCUCUGUGCGGCGCAUAUGGCUCUCCUGACGGCCGUGCCCUUGGUUUACGUGCAUGGGGUUGAUGGGGCGGUCUGGAAGGAGGUCUGGGGCGCCGGUCGGCCGGCCGAUGCCGUGUGGGGAGCGGCGUUGGGGACUUGCGUUGGGGCUUGGUUGGGCGCGGUGCCUAUUCCAUUGGACUGGGACCGCCCGUGGCAAGCCUUCCCCAUCACCAUUCUGGCAGGCGCGUACUUGGGAUUCGCGGCGGGGACUCUUCUCGGCCGCACCAAGUGGGUGUACGGCAAGCGCCUGCGGUUCACCGAGGAGGGCGAACUCACGGACAAGAAAAGGGAAUAA